AUGCCAUCUUUACACCAUUUCCUCCUCCCGCUUUCCGCCGUCUUCAUCAUCUCGGCGGCGGCGGCGGCGGCGGCGGCGGAGGUGGGUCCCAUCGUGUCUCAGGAUUCCUCCAUAUACGAAAUCCUCAGACUCCACGGGCUGCCGAUGGGCCUGCUCCCAAAGGGCGUGACGAACUUCAGCCUCGACAAUUCAGGGAAAUUCGAGGUCCGGCUGGACCGGGCCUGCAACGCCAAGUUCGAGAACGAGCUCCACUACGACGCCAACGUGUCGGGGACGAUACAGUUCGGCCGGAUCGACGGUCUGUCGGGGAUAUCGGCGCAGGAUUUGUUUCUGUGGUUUCGGGUUAUCGAAAUCCGGGUCGAUAUCCCGAGCUCCGGUCUGAUCUACUUCGAUGUCGGCGUUGUAUCCAAGCAGUACUCAUUGUCCACAUUCGAAACUCCGAGGGACUGCUUGGCUGUUCCUACUCCCGACGGGGACAGAGUUUUGCAGACUGUUUCUCAGACUCUGCCCAGGAAACUCCAGUUUGAGCUUGAUCAGGAAGAUCUUGCAUCGGCAGCAUUGUAA